AGAUGACUCAAGAACCUUCCACAAUCCACAUGAAAAAAGGACCUAAAAAUACGGCUACAUUUUGGAAAACAUAAAUACAAUCGUUCCAUAAAAUUUCAAUAGAAAUAACAACUAACAAUAAUCAGGACAAAAUCCACCGUUUCUUUUCUUUGUUUCUCUCUCCUCUCUACAAUAGUCUACAUUAGCUUGUGUAUAGUAGUAGUAAGCUUGAAGAAGCUAAAAAAAUGGCGCAAGGAAGGUUAGGAAGAGGGUUCAUGUGGCCCAUAUUAGUGGUAGAUUUGGUAGUUUACCUUAUAAUUCUAGGCCUCUCUUCUUGGUCUCUUAAUAAGUACAUCGACGGCCAGCAAAAUCACCCUCAUUUAGGAGGAAAUGCGGCUACAAAUUACAUGCUAAUAUUUGCCCUUUUAGCAAGCACCACCGGGGUCGCGUCUGUGGUGGCCGGGUUUACACACUUCCGAGCAUGGUCGGUAGCGAGCAUGGCGGCAGCCGCCUCGUCAGCAGCCAUUUCUUGGGCUAUUAGUGGCCUUGCAUUUGGGCUGGCUUGGAAGGAGGUCAAGUUAGGUGGUCGUAGAGGGAAACGCUUGCAAACACUUGAAAUUUUCCUUAUAAUUUCUACGUUGAUCCACUUGUUGUACAUAAUGCUGCUUCAUGCUGGAUCAUUUAACCAGAAAUAUGGGUUGUCUUACGGUGGGCCUACUUCUGAAGGCCCAACUUCUGAAGCCCAAAAGACUACAGGCAGUGAGCCUCAUGUUGCUGCUUGAUUUUCAAAACUAAAAUAUUCUUGCUACUCUUUUUUAGGGUUGACUUGUAUCCUUAUUUGUAUGAUCUUUAAAGUAGGUAAUAUUUUUUUAACGGUGCAAAUCUGAUGGAAAUGUAAAUAAAUAUUAUAGUGCUAUAAUUUGUAGAUGAAUAAAUAAAUAUCAUAGUGCUAUAAUUUGUA